AUGGCAGCAGUGCACAAUGGAGAUCAUGCACCGAAGGGAAACUUGGGGGAGAAGGCAAGUUGUUUAUGCAAGUCAUUUGAAAGGCAAGGGAUUCCUUGUAGGCAUGUAGUUUGGGUUUGGGAGGCAAACCUUAUUCAGAAAAUUCCCGAGGCUUAUGUGCUUAAUCGAUGGAGUAUAAUGGCAUGUAAGAAGCCGGUUUUUGAUUUAGAAGGGAAUGUGUUGGAGCAAUGUGUUCAAGCUGUAGAUAGGAAAAGAUUUUUGAAUGAUUUGUGGUUAGAUUUGGAAUCCCAAAGUAGGAUAUUUGAUGGAUCGAGUGGUAGUGUUUCUAGCAAAGCUCAAGAUAUUGAAUUGCUUAUUGGAGAUAGUGUGCCUACUAAAAUUUUGAUCAAACUGCCUAAAGUUUCAAAGAACAAAGGGACCGGGGUUCAUGUUCAUGGUAGUGGAAGUGAUAAACGGUUGAAGAGUGAUAAAAAAAAAGAUGUUGAACAAAGUCAGAAGAAGAAGAGGUUGUGUAAAGGAUGUAAGAAGAUGGGUUACCAUGAUAUUCAUAAUUGUCCCGAAAAAGAGAAGUAA